AGGAACCAGUCUAACAUCUCCCAGUGGGUUCCAGUAUGCAGCAGAUUGGUACCGUGUAUCCUACGCAAGGGCAGUGGGGUAGGACUGGUGUUUCCCAGUGGCCCCAGAUGAGCCAAUCUGAAACCUGUGGUGGAGCAGAACAGAUUCUUGGAGUAAACAUUCUGCAGAGUAGGAAGUAUCACAAUUCAAAUAAGCUUCAUAGUACCAAAGAGUCCCCACAGCCCAUUGAGGAGAAAGUUGGUGCCUUCACAAAGAUAAUAGAAGCCAUGGGAUUCACAGGACCUUUGAAAUAUAGUAAAUGGAAGAUUAAGAUUGCAGCCCUGCGCAUGUAUACUAGCUGUGUGGAGAAAACUGACUUCGAAGAAUUCUUUCUAAGGUGUCAGAUGCCUGAUACAUUCAAUUCAUGGUUUCUUAUAACCCUGCUUCAUGUCUGGAUGUGUCUAGUCCGAAUGAAACAGGAAGGCCGGAGUGGGAAAUAUAUGUGUCGUAUCAUAGUUCAUUUUAUGUGGGAGGAUGUUGAGCAGCGUGGCAGAGUCAUGGGGGUAAGUGCUUGCCAUCAGAUUCUGGUCCUGGACAGAUCUGACGAUGGGGCCCGACUAGAGUUUGGGGUUUUAUUUGUUUUAGAAUGUCUUUGCUUUUGAGUUUCUGUGAAAUGCUGCUUAAUUUCAACAGGCAGUUUAGCUAUAGUAACUUUUUCUGCUUCUGUGGAGACUGACAUGCCACAGAUACUUUAUGUGUUUAUACACAUUAUUGUCUUUGCUGUAUAUGAUAAUGGGAUUAUAAAACUCCAGUCAUAGUGAUAGGACUGAUGAAAUUGGUGAAUGGAAGAAAUCAAAUACUAAUUUAGUUUAAGGACACUGCUUUUGACAGUAAUUCAAUAUUUGAACCAGUCCUUCUCUAAGUUAGUUCUGAUGGAAAAGAUUCCUGUAUGGGGUCUGCAGUCCUUAGGAACUGAAAAGCAAACUCUGAUCACUAAGUAAUCUAGAAGACUUUGGCAAGAUAUCCACUGAAAAUGUACAUUAGUACAUUUAAUAAUUAGCCUGUUACUUUAUGGGGAAGUGUUAGAUAAAUGUUUCUCAGAUUUUAAUGUGCCUACAUCAUUGUUAAAAUCUUACUAAAAUCAAGAUUCAAUGAGACCAGAGAGUCUACUUUUUUAACAAAUUUUUAGGUGAUGUCAGUGUUGCUAGUGAUGCAUGGUGGUGGUGGUGGUGGUGGGAGCAAAAACACUUUGAAUAGCAAGGUUUUAGGUGAUUCCCUUCAUGGAGCCUUUAAACUGCCUAUGUGAAGAGAAAUGCCCAAACUCUGGCUUAGUUACAAAGAUUAUAAAUAAAAGAUGAUUUGAAAAUAGUAGAAAUUUGGAAGAAUUAACCUCUAUUGCUUUUCUAUUAAAUUUAAUUUUCCAACCUUAUGGUAUAAACAGACAACCUUUAUAUAGGAAGGACAGUUGUAUGUUAACUACCUCUAAUUUGUGAAUGUGUGUAGAGAAGACCUCAAUCUUCUGUGAGUGAGAAACCCAAAGAAAUGGGACGGGUGGCUGGAGACGAGUAGUAGGCAGCAUGGAGCCAGUAUAGGCUGGUUCUCACUCUCGACUGGCAAAUCUUUCUUCUUCUGAGUUUCAGUUUCUUCAUUUAGUGAUGGUAAGGUUAACUACAUGGUUUCCAUGUUUCUUUCUUCCUUUCUUCACCCCCACUUUUAAAAUUCAUUUCUAGUGUUUGGACCAAGUUUCA